AAUUUAUUAAACAAAAAUUUUUUUUUCAAGCGUCUAUUUUUCGAUACUUUAUUGUCAAAAAUAGGAUGGAUUCCACUUUCAAAUAAUUAUGGCAUGUACUUAAGAAUUAAGAACUGAAUAUUAAAAAGCCAAGAACAAAAGCUGAAGAAAAGAAGAAAGGACUUUUAUUAACCAGUAUCCUCGAUUUAUAGCGACACUAGUUGACCCAUUGAAAAUUGCGCACUUUUGGUGAUACACUAAAUAACUUUCGAUGGCAGGCCGUGAAAUCCCUUUAACCCAAAUUGAUCAUUCAAGCAUUACAUACGCAACAUAAAUACCCAGUCUUAAUGAUGUUUUUAAGUAGAGAGUAUAAAAGCCAUCCAGCCAGUCUGGUGUUAUCGGUUGUCGCUAAUGGCCUUAACUUUUAAAAAUGAGGAUAUGAAAGAUGUUUUAUGCUAAGUACCUGAUCAUCGCCCAAAUCACGGAGCGAAGUACUUAAUAAAAUAAUGGGCAACGCUGGUGUUCCGUGUCUUGUUCAAUAUAUGAGAACAAUGACAGGUUUUGUGUGAUCAUAAACGUGUCUGUCAAGACCAAAAUAACCAACCGAAGAAGCCUUUAAAAACGUUUCAACAUACAAUUAUUGACUCAGUCGUUCCUCGUAAAUCCUCGUGAAAAUGAGUCAAUGAUAUUACGAAGAAAACAUGGAAUACUACACACUUACUCAAGCUCUGUAUCAUUUUGUUAUUGCUAUUGUUGGUGUUUCCGUGUCCAGCGGAGCUAAUCUUGAUAGAGCUUCAUUGGAGCUCAAAGAUCAGCAUCAACAUGAAGUACUGAUCAAUUUCCCAAGAAAAUCAAACGAAAGUAAAGUUGCAACUGCUAGACAUCUGUAUCUUCCCCCUGGAGAGCCGGAUUUCGUACUACCCGAAGUUAUUGACAAUAGAGUAAGAAGCGCCUUUCAAAGACCGAUUUCUUCGACUAUCAUUCAACCGAGCAUCGAAUUGCAAACGCCGUUUCCUCGUGAGAUUUAUAACUACCUUCCACCGGCGAUCAGACACUCGAAUAUCAAAGCCAGUGAUUUUGAAAGAGACGAAAUUAGUGGAUUUGUCAGGAUAAAUUCAAUGUCCUGCAAAAAUACUGAUGAUGAAGCAUUUUUUAAGGCGUCUGUUAUACCACCGAAAGUGUCUGACUAUCCAGUGAUUGAAGGCGCUACUAGUGAAUAUUGCAAAAUUGUUAAAGUUAAUGAUGAGUAUAGGUUCAACUUUAGUAAUGACAUGUUUUGGAACUGUGGAGUUAAAGAUUGUUCUACGGAUGCGGGGAAAUUUUAUUGCUUGAGUCUGAGAUUCGCUACAGUUUCUGGGCUCAAGCUUAAUGAGGAUAUCAAGAUUUUGUUAAAGUGUCGGACUCAGGAAAAAAUUACUUCGCAUACUAAACGAAUACAUGUAAAGACUCAUGAUACAUCCGCUAGAAUGGCUCCAAGAGUAGCGACAGGUGGACAUAAAAAUGCAUUUGAAACUGAGAUCGGUUUGUACCGAAAAACUCUUGGAUCGAAUCAUUUAUUCGAUUCGAGAAUUCAACCGGGUGGAACGGUUAUUCUCGGAGAAGAAAUCCUUCUCAGAGUUGCAGUUCGUGAAGGUGAUGGUUGGCGGUAUUCAAGAAUCAGCGAUGUGACGAUUCAUCAUUUGGAGAACAAAAAACAGAAAAAAAUAAUUAACAGUAUGUGGAUCUUAGAUUCGAAUGGAUGUCUCAAUCAAGAAAUCCGGGAAGUUUGUUCACGGGAACAAUAUCGCGUUACACCACUUGAGAGUUAUCUGAUUUUUCAAGCCUUCAUGUUCGAUCAUAUGAAAGAAACCGAUGAAAUGGUAAUGAAUAUUAAAGCUACUGGUUGUCUAGACGGCAAUGACUGCGUGAUAAAUUGCCCUGCGGGACACUCAAGAAAAACGAGAAGUCUUGCAGAAUUGAAGACACACAAUCAAACUAUUAAUUGGCUUGAUGAUAUCUCUUUUAAAGUAAUUUUACCAAAAAACUAUAAGCAAGAAAAUAUUAUUGAUGAUCGUUUAAUUAUCCCGUAUGCUUUUUCAGCUUUUAUCAUUUUAAUAGUUUUUAUUUUACUUUGUAUCAUAAAAAUCAUUUUUAAAAAGAAAAAAUAG